AUGGCGACAACACAAGACUGCGCUGGUGACAAACUUGUGCAAGAGAAGGAACGCCAUGUGAAAGCCAAUGCGCGGGACUACAACGACAAGUUCUCUUACGCUGACAAUCGCAUCAAGACCUCAAAGUACAACCUCUUCACCUUCCUGCCCAUCAACCUGUUCGAGCAGUUCCAGAGGGUGGCUAAUGCAUACUUCUUAGUGCUAUUGAUACUGCAGUUAAUUCCAGAAAUUUCCUCUCUGUCCUGGUUCACAACCAUCGUGCCUUUGGUGUUGGUGCUGGUAAUCACGGCAGUCAAGGACGCCACAGAUGACUAUUUCAGACAUAAGAGCGACCAGCAAGUCAACAACCGCCAGUCUCAGGUUCUGAUCAGGGGAAGUUUGCAGAAUGAGAGAUGGAUGAACGUUCGAGUUGGAGAUAUCAUCAAACUGGAGAAUAAUCAGUUUGUCGCUGCAGACAUCCUCCUUCUCUGUAGUAGUGAGCCCUAUGGACUGUGCUAUAUCGAGACUGCAGAGCUGGAUGGCGAGACGAAUCUGAAAGUUCGUCAGGCUUUGACCGUCACCUCAGAUUUGGGAGAUAUUGCAAAACUGAUUGACUUUGAUGGAGAAGUAAUUUGUGAACCACCGAACAACAAGCUGGAUAAAUUUACAGGAACUUUAUUCUGGAGAGACAAUAAGUACCCUCUGGAUAAUGGAAAAAUGCUACUGCGAGGUUGUGUACUCAGAAACACUGAGUGGUGCUUUGGAAUGGUUAUCUUUGCUGGUUUGCAAACCAAACUGAUGCAGAACUGUGGAAGGACUGCAUUUAAAAGAACAAGCAUUGACAAACUGAUGAACACUUUGGUUUUGUGGAUCUUUGCCUUCCUCGUUUGUAUGGGUGUUAUUCUGGCCAUUGGAAACACAGUUUGGGAGAGCUGGAUUGGCAGAAAUUUCCAGGUGUUUUUACCACGGGAUGAGUUUCAGAGCAGUGCUGUUUUCUCUGGCUUCCUCACCUUCUGGUCCUACAUCAUCAUCCUCAACACUGUUGUGCCCAUCUCACUUUAUGUCAGCGUGGAGGUUCUGCGGCUCGGUCACAGUUACUUCAUUAACUGGGACCGGAAGAUGUACUAUAGUCAGACGGACACUGCGGCGGAGGCUCGCACCACCACCCUGAACGAGGAGCUGGGCCAGGUGGAGUUCAUCUUCUCCGACAAAACGGGCACGCUCACCCAGAACAUCAUGGUCUUCAGCAAGUGCUCCAUUAACGGACAGACGUAUGGCGACGUCUAUAAUGAAUUUGACCAGAAGGUGGAAAUUACAGAAAAAACAGCCUGUGUGGACUUUUCCUUCAACCCUCUGUGUGACAGGCGGUUUAAGUUUUACGAUGGCAGCCUCCUUGAAGCCAUUAAACUGGAGGAUCCAGCAGUGCAGGAGUUCUUCAGACUGCUGGCUUUGUGUCACACCGUCAUGCCGGAGGAGAAGAGUGAGGGACAUCUGGUGUACCAGGCCCAGUCACCUGACGAGGGAGCCCUGGUUACGGCAGCACGAAACUUUGGGUUUGUCUUCCGGGCCCGAACUCCCGAGACCAUCACACUGUGCGAGAUGGGACGAGCUGUCACCUACCAGCUGCUGGCUAUACUGGACUUCAACAACGUGCGCAAGAGAAUGAGUGUCAUUGUGAGAAACCCACAGGGCCAGAUUAAACUCUACUCUAAAGGAGCUGACACGAUUAUCUUUGAUCGUCUGGAUCCAUCCAGUGAAGACCUCAUGCACACUACCUCAGAUCACCUCAGUGAAUUUGCUGGAGAAGGGCUUCGAACAUUAGCGUUGGCCUACAAAGAUCUCGAUGAAGAUGAUUUUGACGUUUGGAUGAAGAAGCUCCUGUUCGCCAGCACCGAAAUUGAGAACCGCGAGGAUCAGCAGUCCGUUCUGUACGAGGAGAUUGAGCAGGGCUUGAAGCUUCUAGGAGCCACAGCCAUCGAGGACAAACUUCAGGAAGGAGUCCCAGAAACGAUCGCCUGUCUGAGUCUGGCCGACAUCAAGAUCUGGGUCCUCACAGGAGACAAACUAGAGACGGCGAUGAACAUCGGCUACUCCUGCAACAUGCUGCGAGACGACAUGAACGAGGUGUUUGUUAUCUCUGGCCACUCGCUGGUGGAGGUGCAGCAGCAGCUCAGGAGCGCUAAGGAGCACAUCCUGGGCCUGAGUCGAGUAAGCAGUGCAGGAGAUGUUGAGAAGACAGAUGUGCUCUCUGUUGACUCUGUGUUUGAAGAAGCGAUUAUUGCAGAGUAUGCCUUGGUCAUCAAUGGACACAGUUUGGCUCACGCUCUGGAGCCACAGCUGGAGCACGUCUUGCUGGAUCUGGCCUGUUUGUGUAAAACGGUCAUCUGCUGCCGGGUCACUCCGAUGCAGAAGGCCCAGGUAGUGGAGCUGGUAAAGAGGCACAAGAGGGCCGUCACCCUGGCUAUUGGAGAUGGAGCCAAUGACGUCAGCAUGAUCAAGACUGCUCACAUCGGUGUCGGCAUCAGCGGUCAGGAGGGGAUGCAGGCUGUUCUGGCAUCAGAUUACUCCUUCGCUCAGUUUCGGUACCUGCAGCGCCUCUUGCUGGUGCACGGACGCUGGUCGUACUUCCGCAUGUGUAACUUCCUAUGCUACUUCUUCUACAAGAACUUUGCCUUCACGCUGGUACACUUCUGGUACGGCUUCUUCUGUGGUUUCUCAGCUCAGACUGUGUAUGACCAGUGGUUCAUUACCCUCUUCAAUAUAGUCUAUACGUCGUUACCAGUUCUGGCAAUGGGACUUUUUGAUCAGGAUGUCAAUGACCGGAACAGCCUUCGCUACCCGAGCCUGUACAAACUGGGCCAGCAAAACCUUCUCUUCAACAAGCGCCAGUUUUUCCUGUGCACACUGCAGGGGCUGGGCACCUCUUUCCUGCUUUUCUUUAUUCCCUAUGGAGCCUUCUCUGUCAUGGUGAGAGAGGACGGCUCCUACUUCUCCGACCAACAGGCAUUCGCUGUCACCAUAGCAACAUCUUUGGUCAUUGUUGUAAGCGUUCAGAUUGGACUUGACAAAUGCUACUGGACUGCUGUCAAUCACCUCUUCAUAUGGGGCAGCCUGUCAGUGUACUUUGCCGUAUUAUUUGCAAUGCAAAGUGACGGCAUAUUUGGCAUCUUUCCGAGUAAUUUCCCAUUCGUAGGCACGGCACGUAACUGUCUAUCAGAGACGAGUGUGUGGUUGGUCAUUCUGCUCACCACUGUGGUGUGUGUUGUCCCCGGCUUAGCAGUCAGCUUCCUGAGAGUAAACCUCUUCCCAGCUCUAACAGAUAAGGUUCGCCAUCUACAGCAGUCCAGAAAGAGGGAAGGACCUCAGGAGCAGAACCUGAGGCGAGUACGCAGGACGAGCUCCCGCCGCUCUGCCUACGCCUUCUCCCACCAACAGGGCUACGGAGAGCUGAUUACCUCAGGCAAAAACAUGAGAAUGAGCAAAGUGUCUUCUGCUCGCUCCCCUGGAAGAACGCCACACAGCUCCACCUGGAUAGAAAAUAUGCUGAAGAGAAAGAACGAAGUGUCUUGCGCUUCUGGUGAAAGUACAGAAGCACCAGAAAGCGGCAACAGAGCUAAACAAAAGACUCCAAAGCAGCAGCCGGCAGACUGACCUCGAGCCCUGGCUAACAGACACUGUACACACUGCAGGAUGCAUCAUGGAUCCCGCAGAUCAAGCACAACUUAUGAGUGUCCUUCAUUUGGAUGACUUUAUGCUCAAAUCCAACAACACAGGCAUACCUCAUUUUUUUAUUAGUGUUAAUCAUGUGGACAUGUGGAAUGUUAAAGGCCAAUCAAAAUGUGACUAUCUAGAAGAACCAUUUCCAAAAAUUUAAAAUUUUUAUCAUGCAAGAUAUUUGUUUAAGGUACAAACUCAGCUUGACAACAGCAGGUAUAUUUUUGGAUAUAUAAGCAAUAUUAUGCAUGAGUUGCUACAGUUAAAGAAAUAUUGGUCGUCUACCUGAUCUAAAUUGACCUUUAAGGCAGCAAUGUGUGAGAUAUGGCCAGAAUUUUACUUUAAAACUAAAAAAUGAACUAAUAUUAUCAACAGAAUGUAAAGAAGCAUAUCGGUAUAUUGUGUUGCAAAGAUAUCUACUGAUGUUAGCAUGCUAACCAGCUCACCCCUGCCCUGUCACAUAAUAUCAGUGUACCUCAAGAGGCGAUGGUCUUAUCGUAUAUCUCAGGCCUCGCACCGUUGUUUCAACUGGGAGAUGUACAAGCUCUCUUAACUCACAGAAUAUCAAGAAAAGAGAUUCUUACACCUAUUUUCCUUAUUGAACAGAAAACUACAACCAUACACUUUCUGAAUUCCAUUUUCUCUCUUUUCCUGAACUAGGACGAGCUUAAUUGCCAAGUUAACUCAUCGUAAAACACAUUCCAUUCAACAGAAACAAGAUAAAACUCAACAAAACUGGUGUGUUUUAUCUUGGUGUGUGUCUGGUUUGGUUCUUCGUGUUAGAUUUGAAAAUAUUUUGGCUCUAGAUGCUACUUUUCCACAAUGGUGAUGAAUGACUGAUCUGUUACCGCACCUCUUGAGGUACAAAGUGGCACUAUGAGGCAGGACGGGUAGGGGCUAGCUGGUUAGCAUGCUAACUCCAGUUGAUAUCUGUGCAACACAAUGCAUAGAUGUCCCGGACAUACCAUCACAUUGUCAUUUCCACUCAUUCCGUCAAUAAUUUUAGUUCAUUUUUGAAUGUUUUCAAACUAAAACUUAAACUAAAAUUCUUACAUAUUGCACCUUUAAAUAGUUGGUCAUCGAUUGAAUAUUGUUUUAAUGGAAUUUCAUAUUAAAGAAAGGUUGAGACAAUUCGGUUCUUUAAGGGGAACCUUUAGCUGUCUCAAACAAACUACUAUCUACAGUGCAUAUAUAUUGUAAAUGACAUAAACAAAAAUAAAGGUAGUGAGGAGUACAGGUACAAAAGGCAACAGUGAAAAAUAUUUAAAGCCAAUGCUCUGAAACUCUCCUCUCAACCUCCAUCCAAAGUGCUACAAUACAAGUGUUUCUCUUAAUACUGAUGUAAAGCUGCUGAAUAUAAGAUGAUAAGCACAACUUAAUUAUUGAUUUAAAUACAUUGCUGUUGAUAAAACUGGAAACCUCAAAUAUGGAACUUGUAAUGUUAUCAUUCUGAGAUCUGUUUUCCCUGUGCUGUGCCUUGUAUGGUUCCUUUCAAAGAUAAUGAAAAAACAUCGUUUUUAUCUGAUGUUCGACACCUCUUUGGCUUGAGUUAUUCCAAACAAUGAAUGCAUGACUUGAAUCUGAUAUCCUCCUGAUGCCCACUGCUUCAGACAGAAAUGAAUAAAACAUAAGCACAGUGGAAAUUAGCUUGAAAAACCUCAAGUAUAUAAACCAACAAACAAUUCCAUCCUCUCUUUAUCUAUUUAGAAAGGAUAUUAUUAAUAUUUAAUAGAUAUUUAACCACAGAGAGUGGAAGGGAAAACUGGCUGAGUGAGGUAUGAUGUGAUAAAGGUCCCUGAAGAGUUUUAAAUUUCAUCAGUACUGUACAGCACAGCAGCAUGUGCCUUAGACCACUGAGCCUCCACCAUCACUCCUCUCUAAUAAAGUGAAAAUUGAUCCUGUGCAGAAGCUCAAGCAGAAGCUCAGUGUGUGAUCUUAUAAUCACGACUUUGUACCCUGAUUUCCACGUGGCUCACACACAUUUAACAACACACAAACCCGACACACUGUUAACGGCCCGGAAGAAACAUGGAAGGCCUGAAAAUACUCAGCACACUUAAUUCUUCAUGAUUUUUUGCCCUUGUUAACUCCAUUAUGUUCAUGUUUAAAAAAGACGGAUGGAUGGAUUUUAUACAGCAGCACAAAUUAAAUGUGAUUGUCAUUUUAUUUGUCUUUUUUUCUUUUCUGAGGUAAAGAGUGAAUUAGCUAUACAAAAAUUAUUUUACUGCAAAACCCCUAACAUUCAUGAUUUUUUUGUAACAUGUAACACAAACAGCAUAAUCUCUUUGUAAGAAAUAACUCACCACUGCUUAUGAAUUUUUGGACCUUAUAUUCCAGAAUAAUCUGUAAAGAGUAAAGAAAUAAAAUGAAACAGCAAAGUAAGGUUUAUAUUUUGCAUUGUCAUUUGCAGGUGCCUUCUGUCUCAAGUGUAAGAGUAUAAAAAUGUCAUUUAUAUCCCCACUGAAGUCCUUUUUUACUUAAUUGAAAGCUGUGUAAAGAGACAUGACUAAUGCAUUUUACUCCUCGAGGAAAAUUGCAGC